AUGGAGCCAUCCUCCUCCAGCUUGCCUGCUUAUGCGUUUGCUCUUCCUUUGGUAUUGACUGGUGGACUGGCUCUGCGUUAUCUACGACGGCGAAAUGGUUCAUAUGGGUUGCCACCUGGGCCCAAGGGUAUUCCAUUCUUUGGGAGCGCCUUGAGUGUCAACGCGGAGAAUCCGCUAGAGACCUUUAUGGAUUGGUCUCGUCAGUAUGGGGACAUCAUGCAUUGCCGAAUUUUCAGCAGAGACUUUAUCUUUUUGAACACGGAACGGGCUGCUCAAGAUCUACUUGAGCGGCGUUCUCGAUUGUACUCUGACAGGUCUGGCUUUGAUAGUCUUGAAGACUACGGUGUCCUUCUCAAUACGGGUACCGUCCGAUACGGACCUACAUGGCGCUUCCAUCGAAAACUCUACAGCCAUAUCAUGCGGGAGUCUGUUACACCGAACUUCCACGCAGCUCAAUACCGCAAAGCGUCGGAGCUAUUAUCGUCUUUGUCUACAGAUCCCCCCGAACUCCGUGACAACUUGGACACCUUCAGCGUCGGCAUCGUUUUGAGCAUUUUAUACGGCGACAAUAUCGAGCACCGUCAAGAGCUUGAGAAAGAUAUCGCGAAACUGACCUCUACCUGUGCGGAUCGAUUCAAGAUCGUUGCUUCGGACAUCGUCGUUGCAACCAUCAACGCAUUGCCGUUUAUGAAGUAUGCCCCGGCUUGGUUGUUCGGAGGGAUAUUCAACGCGGCAGAGUCCCGUAAGAUCAAUGAUGCUCUCGUUGACGGACUAUAUGAGAGACUCGUUGUCGCUGAUGCUGUUCAACUUUUGGACCAGCGAACGGAUCAUCUGGACGAAGCUUCCAUCAAACAAUCAAUCAAACACGUCUGCGCUACAUCUUUUCUAGCCGGAAUGGAGACAACAACUUCCGCACUCUUGAUAUUCGUCCUUGCCAUGCUGCAAAAUCCAGAAGUUCAAAGACGUGGUCAAGAGGAAAUUGACCAUGUCGUCGGGAAGGACAGGCUUCCGACGUUCGAGGACAGAGAGUCGAUGCCCUAUCUCGAGGCUGUUAUGCGGGAGACAUUGCGAUGGAGAUCCGUUGUCCCGACUGGCGUUCCUCACUGCCUCACUGAAGACGAUGUCUAUGAAGGUUACUUCUUUCCCAAAGGGUCGGUGGUCAUAGGCCAUACAGGCGCGAUUUCUCACGACGAAAGCCGAUACCCGUCUCCGUCCACCUUCCUGCCGGAACGGUUUAUUCUACCGGACGGCACACUCAACGAUGACACGGUCAGCUAUGCAUUCGGAUUCGGGCGCCGUAUGUGUCCUGGUCGCCACCUCGCCACAUCCUCAGUGUGGAUAGCCAUAGCAUCGAUUCUGGCGAGCUUUCGUAUUGAGCACCCCAAAGACGAGCGGGGGAGGGUACUUCGCAGCGAGCCAAAGUGGGAGGUAGGGCUGACAUGCCAACCACACUUUAAGUGCGAGUUCGUGCCGCGGGAGCAUUCUUAGCUCGUUGAUCAAAUAAAGAAGAAGUCCGAGACAGCAGUGUAAAUUAC